AUGGACCGGGUGGAGCUGCUGGAGGCGGAGCUGCAGAGGCUCGAGGGGCUGCGGGGGGAGCGGCGGCGGCUGCGGCGCCUCCUGAGGCGGCGGCUCCAGGAGCUGGAGGACACCCAGCGGCAGAUCGAGGCCGAGCUGGAGCGAGCGGCGACCGCCAAGAGUGACAGGGUCCCGCAGGUGUCCCGGGGGUCCCGGGGGGGGUCCCGGGGGGCGCUGGACGAGGCCGAGCGGGAGCGGGGGCGGCACCGGGAGCGGCAGCGGCGCCUGCGGAGCUUCCUGGGCACCAAGGGGAGAGUGAGACCCAAAACCGUUUGGCCCCAGCUGAAGCCCCGAGCCCCCCCAGAACCCCCCGAGGGGAUGGGGGAGGGGCUGGAGCCCCCCAAAAAUGAGGAGGAGGAGGAGGAGACUUGGAUGGACGGGGAUGCCCAGAGCUUCUCUCGGUUCCUGCUGCUGACGGAGCAGCACCGGGAGCUGCAGGAGCUGCAGCAGCACGUGGAGCAGCUCCGGGCAGCGGUGGCAGCGGCCGAGACCCCCGAGGAGCCGGGGGGACCCCCGGGGGACCCCGAAAUGGAGACGCGGGAGCUGCGGGAGCGGGAGCGGAGGGGGAGGGAGGAGCUGGAGCACCUGAGGGCAGGUCUGGCGGAGCUCCUGGCCCAGCUGGAGGAGGAACAGGGGGACCCCGACCCCCCCCAGGAUUUGGGGGAACCCCCCCAGGAUUUGGGGGAACCCCUGUGGGAGCAGCUGCGGCGCCUGGAAAUUGGGGUGACCCGGCUGCUGCUGCGGGGGGGGGCACCCCAAAACCCGGUCCUGGCAGGGAACGAGGCCGUUUGGAGCCGCCCCCCCCCUCCGCGCCCCCCCAGCCCCAGGUGA